CCUGCUGUGCGUGACGUCGCGCUCCUCAGGAAGUAGCUGUCACGUCCACAUUGUGCGGGAAUAGACACAACACAGCACCAAAAACGCCACGUCUGAAGCAUCAUCCUCUGGACAGAGCAGUGAUGAUGAUGAGAUAGGGAAGGACAGACAGAGGGACGGUGCUUUGGGGGUUGAAAAGACUGCGCUGGUUGCUGAAGCAGGGCAAGAAACCUUUGUGAGUGUCUCGGCAGGAGCAGCAUGUCUCAGAUGAAGCGAUACACAUACAGCAGGACGACAAGCAGCGGCAGCAGCAGAAUGAGUUCAGAUGGAGGUGGGCGUCCUGUUAAGGUGGGCUCUUUGGUUGAAGUCAUCGGUAAAGGUCACAGAGGCACCGUGGCUUACAUCGGAAACACCCUCUUCGCUUCUGGAAAAUGGGUGGGAGUCAUUCUGGAUGAACCCAAAGGCAAGAACGAUGGGACUGUGCAGGGCAAACGAUAUUUCCUCUGUCAGGAGAACCAUGGCAUAUUUGUCCGCCAAUCACAGAUUCAGUUAGUAGAAGAUGGGGCAGAUACGACAUCUCCUGAAACGCCUGAAGCCCUCACCUCCAAAAUGCUGAAGCGAGAGAUAAUUGAAGGCCUAAAGUCAAACAAAGUGCGAGGAACCAAACCCAAAAAGGCACCUACGACUCGUAAGACCACCACCAGAAGGCCCAAGCAAACGCGGGCCGGUGUAGGGGUGAAGGUGGGCUCUGGAUCGGCUUCUGCAGGAGAGAUGAGCAGCAGUGAACCCAGCACUCCUGCACAAACACCACUGGCUGCUCCAGUUAUUCCUUCACCUGUGGGAGCGCUGCCCUCGCCUGGAGCUCCUCCAAUCCCGGGACCCAGCAAGGAAGAGGAGUCUCUGCGCGCGCUGGUGAAGGAUCUGGAGGAGAAGCUGGAGACGCUGAAGAUGAAGAGGACAGAAGACAAGGCGAAGCUGAAGGAGCUCGAGAAGCACAAGAUUCAGCUGGAGCAGCUGCAGGAGUGGAAGAGCAAGAUGCAGGAACAGCAGAACGAGCUGCAGAAACAACUCAAAGAGGCCAAGAGGGAAGCUAAAGAAGCUCUUGAAGCUAAAGAGCGUUACAUGGAGGAGAUGGCAGAUACAGCAGAUGCCAUUGAAAUGGCCACACUGGAUAAAGAGAUGGCUGAAGAGAGAGCCGAGUCACUGCAGCUUGAAGCCGACGCGCUCAAAGAGAGAGUGGACGAGCUCACCAUGGACUUGGAGAUACUGAAACAUGAGAUAGAGGAGAAAGGUUCAGACGGAGCAGCGUCUAGUUAUCAUGUGAAGCAGCUGGAGGAGCAGAACGCUCGACUGAAGGAGGCGCUGGUGAGGAUGCGUGACUUGUCGGCAUCAGAGAAACAAGAGCAUGGAAAGCAACAGAAACUGAUGGAGAAGAAGAAUUUCGAGCUGGAUGCGCUAAGAUGCCACAAAGAGAAACUUCAGGAGGAGAUGAAGAUGGCUGAGAAAACCAUUGAUGAGCUCAAAGAGCAGGUGGAUGCGUCUCUCGGAGCAGAGGAGAUGGUGGAGAUGCUGACGGAGCGUAAUCUGGACCUGGAGGAGAAAGUGCGCGAGCUCAGAGAAACGGUCGCUGAUCUGGAAGCCAUCAAUGAGAUGAACGACGAGCUCCAGGAGAACGCCAGAGAGACAGAGCUGGAGCUCAGAGAGCAGCUGGAUCUGGGCGCUGCUGGCGUCAGGGAGGCGGAGAAGAGGGUGGAGGCGGCACAGGAAACUGUGGCAGACUAUCAGCAGACCAUCCAGAAAUACAGAGAGCUCACAGCAAAUCUGCAGGAGGUAAACAGGGAGCUGAUGAGCCAGCAGGAAGCCAAUUCUGAGCAGCAACAACAGCCUGCAGAGAUCUUUGAUUUCAAGAUCAAAUUUGCUGAAACCAAAGCCUACGCCAAGGCCAUAGAAAUGGAGCUGCGUAAAAUGGAGGUGAUUCAAGCCAACAGACAGGUGUCACUGUUGAUUUCCUUCAUGCCUGACUCCUUCCUGAAACACAGAGGAGACCAUGACUGCAUCCUGGCACUUCUUCUCAUCCCACGGCUCAUCUGUAAGUCAGAGCUGAUCAGCAAGCAGGCGCAGGAGAAGUUUGAGCUGACAGAGAGCUGCUCUCAGAAGCCUGGCAUGAGAGGAGCUGUUGGAGAGCGUCUGAGCUUUGCUGCGGGACUCAUCUAUUCUCUCACACUACUACAGGCAGCGCUGCACAAAUAUGAACAUGCUCUGAGUCAGUGCAGUGUGGAUGUGUAUAAGCGUGUGGGCUCUCUGUACUCGGAGUUGAGCGUUCAUGAGCGAUCCCUGGAUUUCCUCAUUGACCUGCUGUACAAAGACCUGCUAGACGAAACCGUCAAUGUGGAGCCUCUUACCAAAGCUAUUAAAUACUAUCAGCACCUCUACAGUAUUCAUCUGGCUGAGCAGCCUGAGGACUGUACCAUGCAGCUGGCAGAUCACAUAAGAUUCACCCAGAGUGCUCUGGACUGUAUGGCGGUGGAGGUGGGCCGUCUGAGGGCCUUCAUACAGACAGGACAGGACGAGGAGGCGUUUUGUGUGCUGCUGAAGGAUCUGGACACAUCCUGUAGUGACAUACGGCAGUUCUGCAAGAAGAUCCGCCGUCGAAUGCCAGGCACCGAUGCACCAGGAAUCCCAGCUGCCCUCAGCUUCGGCCCACAGGUGUGCGAGGCGCUGGCGGACAGUAGAAGACAGCUGGCCUGGGUGAAUGCCGUCCUCCAGGAAGUGGCAGCAGCAGCCGCUCAGCUUAUCGCUCCUCUCAGCGAACAUGAGGGACUUCCAGCAGUCAAACUGGAGGACAUGGCCUUUAAAGCAGCCGAGCAGAUCUAUGGGUCGCAGGGCAUAAACGCCCAAGAGUGUCUGCGCCAGUCCUGCAGCGUUGUCAUUGCAACCAUGAACAAGAUGGCAACCGCUAUGCAGGAGGGCGAAUAUGACUCUGACAGACCACAGACUGGGAUAUCUCCUGUUGAAGUCCGAGCUGCAGCACUGAGGGCAGAAAUCACUGAUGCUGAAGGACUCGGUCUCAAACUUGAAGACAGAGAAACAGUCAUCAAAGAGCUCAAGAAAUCUCUGAAAAUAAAGGGCGAGGAACUGAGUGAGGCCAAUGUACGUCUCAGUUUGCUGGAGAAGAAGCUGGACAGUGCAUCUAAAGAUGCAGAUGAGCGAGUGGAGAAGAUCCAGGCUAUCUUAGAUGAGACUGAUUCACUUCUGAAAAAGAAGGAGAAGGAGUUUGAGGAGACCAUGGAUGCUCUCCAGGCUGACAUAGACCAACUAGAGUCAGAGAAAGUAGAGCUAAAGCAUAGAAUCAGCAGCCAGUCAAAGAUGACCAUUGAGAGCCUGAGAGGAAGUCAAGCGUCUGGCAUCGCCUCCAUUGUGACCUGUGGCAUCACUGCUGAAGAACAAAAAGGUGUGUGUGCGGCAGCAGGACUGCAGGUGAUUGAUUCUCCACUGCUCACUCAGCAGAUUGAAGCUCAGAGACUCAGUAUAAAACACUUGAAGAAUGAAAACAACAGACUGAAGGCGGAAAGGAUGCGUGCUCAGCUGGCGUCUCUCCCUCCUCUGAAUGUGCCAAAGCUGGGCUGGCGAGAGGGCUGCAGGCCUGAGGUGUUGUCCAGCGCCCUCUACCGCAAAACUGAUCAACUGCUGGACACGCUGCUCCAGAUGAGUGCCAAUGUGAAAGUGGUGGACAUCACCGGGAGAUCUCCAGUGAGUCCCAGUGCACAGCUUCUAGAGCAAACAGCGCGACUGCAGUCACUCAAUGACACUCUCGAUAGGCUCAAGGAUGAGGUUGCUGAACAUGUAGUGACUCACAGGCCUGGCGCUCAAGUUUCAUCUGAUUUUGCCACUUUUCCCUGCACCUCUUUUGUAAAGGCAAAGGAGGAGAAGAGAGGAGAUGCUGUGUUAGUGGGUCGUGUGAUGAUGCCCUGCGCUCGAGGACAGGAGCAGGUGCAUCGGCUGGUGCUUUCACAAACACAAAUACACAGAGUCCAUCGCCUUCUCCAGACUUAACAUAAACGCAAACCAAAAAAACCAAACCUAAAGUCAGUAUCCAAAACAUGAGAAUACAAAAACACACAAGUAUCUGUGGCCACAAACCAAGAACCAUCAUAACAAUAUAUGCUUCAUUACUGUAGCUCACACAAGCAUCUGUAAAGCCACAAUUUGUACAAAAGGACAUGCUGAGGACAUCAGAUGUUAAACCUGGCAUGAGAUGGAUGAUACAGCAUGACUCCUGCUAAUUUACACUUUAAGGGAUAGUUCACACAAAAAUGAAAAUUGUCAUCAUUUUACUUUUUUUUUGCUUGUUCCAAAAAUGUUUGAGUUUCUUCUGCUGAACACAAACAAAGAUAUACUGAAGAAUGUAAAAAAACUUUCAUAGUAUUUUUUUGUUCCUAAUAUGGAUGUCAAGGGUGUAACGAUACGCAUAUUCGAAAAGUGUAGACUAAACAUCUAAAAAGAUAAAAGGGAAUAAGUACAAAAUAUAAUGUUUUCAGUGCAACAACGCUUAACAUGGCAUCCCAAAUGACGUGGCAGACAACAUGCUGCCUUCCCCGCUGUCAUCUUAAACAGUAGACCAUUGCUUUUGAACUCAGAAUAUCACUUUAUUAAAGCAUGCACUCAUUAGCAAUCUUGCUAGCUUCUCUGUCAGCCUGGCUGCUAGUGCUGGCUUCGCCCCCGAUGCCCCAGCAACACUGCAUCCCCGACACAAAAGAGCCAACCUCCAAACACUACUCCAUUCACGCGGUACACUAGCUCGCAAAAUGGCUAGUAACGUUAAUGUAAUCCCAGACAUCCCAAGUCUCCCGGAAGACUCCUGGAUGCCUGCAAACGAAUGAUAAUCUUCUGGAAAUCGCGCGUCUCUUCCCAGGUCCUUAAAUAUGUCGCACACCCCUCUCCACCGCAUCCCUCCCAGCUCUUCAGGUACAUUGGGCACAACUCAACCCAGCCGCUCAGGUACAACGCACGCACACGCCUCCACCACUCUUCAGAUAUGUUGCGCACUAUCACCGCUACCAAGAGAGUGGUGGAAAAAAACAUCUGAGAGAUCUUAAUCGGUAAUGAAAAUGUCGGGUUUUAAGAAAAUGUUAAAUGUAAUAAAGCCCCGUUACAUUAUUCCUUCAUAAGCCCAUUUCAGUCAGAUAAUUCCUGCUUUCAGAU